AUGGCCAUGAAGCUUGGUCACAUUGAACACAAUGUGAUUAACUCCCUUGAAGAAUGGUCAAGAUUGAACUGUCCAAUUGAAAUUCUACCAGAGCUGAAGAGGAUUGUUUUCAAGGUCAUUACACAUAUCUUCAUGGAUGCUGAUGAUGAUCCGGUUGUGGCUGAUAUGGAGAGCUUGUUCACAGAAUUGCAUGCUGGAUUGUUUUCCUUGAAUGUCAAUUUGCCUGGCUUUGCUUUCCACAAAGCAAUCAAGGCGAGGAAGAAGUUGGUGAAAAUUCUUUCAUAUGUGAUAGAGAGAAAAACAAAAGCAUUGAACAAAGAACCAGAAAAGGGGAAGAGAGAUAUGAUUGAUUUGCUAAUGGGUGUAGAAGAUGAUGAUGGUAAAAAAUUAGAGGAGGAAGAUAUUAUAGAUUUGUUGAUCAUGUUCGUGGUUGAUGGACAUGAAAGCUCAGCUUUAGGUACCAUGUGGGGUUUGAUCAACUUGGCUGAAAAUCCUGAAGUUUUCAAAAAGGCCAAGGAGGAGCAAGAGAUGAUUGUAAGAAAUAGACCAUCUACUCAGAAAGGAUUGACUCUUAGGGAAAUCAAGUCAAUGACAUAUCUUCCGAAGGUGAUUGAUGAGAUGAUGAGGAAAACUAGUAUUAACUUCGCAGCUUUCAGGCAUGCAAUUGAGGAUGUCAACAUGGAUGGUUAUCUGAUACCAAAAGGAUGGAAAAUUUUAGUUUGGUACAGAGCUAUUCAUAUGGAUCCACAAAUCGAUCCCAAUCCACAUGAAUUCAAUCUAAAAAGAUGGGAUAAUGAUGGAGUGAAAACUGGGGCUUUCAUCCCCUUUGGGGCAGGAACCAGAAUUUGCCCCGAAAGAGACUUGGCCAUUACUUCCUACUUAACUAUGAACUUGAGAAAGUGA